AUGUCGGUCAUAACCACUGAGCCUCCUACACCCACACGUACUUCAAGCGGCUUCAGCCUUCUUUCGAAGAUCAAAUCCCACAAGGAAUCCAAAUACCUCAGCCCUUCCAAACCGGCGGUCCAUCGAACGGGCAGUUAUGGCAGCUCCUACGACCAUGCCACUCGAUCAUCACCUUUCUCGCUUCCCGCCCAGGAAGGCGCAGGAGCAAAAGCUCGGCGCCUGAGCGCGGAUCCCCGAGAAGAUUUCUUUGUCGACGUCUGUCCCCUGGAAGACGAAUUCGUCUCGGCUUCCAAGAUAGGUCGUCGGAAAGAGAUUGGAAAGGGCGCCAGUGCAACGGUCAAGAUCAUGCUGCGCAAGGGUGAGAAGAAGGGUGAAGGCACGGCGCUGUAUGCUGUCAAGGAAUUUCGCAAGAAGUCUGCACGGGAAACAGAGGAAGAGUACGUUCGGAAAGUCAAAUCGGAGUAUACGAUCGCCAAAUCUCUCAACCAUCCCAACAUCGUGCAGACGGUUCGGCUGUGCACCAACAAUGGCCGCUGGAAUCAUGUCAUGGAGUAUUGCCAGCAGGGUGAGCUUUUCAGCCUUGUGGAGCGAAAGUACUUCAAGGCAGAGGACAGGAACUGCAUCUUCAAGCAAGUCCUUCGCGGGGUCAACUACCUGCAUGAACAUGGCAUUGCUCACCGGGAUAUAAAGCUGGAAAACCUGCUCAUGACGGACGAUGGGUACAUUAAGAUCACCGAUUUUGGUGUCUCGGAGGUGUUUUGCGGCGAUCAUCCCGGCAUAGCCCUGUCUAGAGGACUCUGCGGACAAGGUAUGAGAGAGGUCCGCAAGUCGGCUCCUGGUAUUUGUGGUUCGAAGCCAUACAUAUCACCCGAGGUUCUGGCCCAAGAGAGCGAAUACGAUCCCACCAAGCUGGACGUAUGGGGGUGCGCGAUCCUUUUCAUGACCAUGUACCACAACGGCAAUCCAUGGCAGAGCGCGAGCAAGAAGGAGAUGAAUUAUGCCCUCUUCGUGGAAGGCUGGCAAGCGUUCCUGGAGCGAUUCAAGGACCCAGCGAUCGAUGAGAAUUGCCAUCCGCAAUGUGGACCCAUCUUCAAUGCUCUCCCGUCGAAUUCGCACCGGCGGUGUAUCCUCAAGAUGCUUCACCCGGAUCCCGAACGGCGAUGCAGUAUCAGCGACGCUCUCAACGAUCGAUGGAUCAAGGGAGUUGACUGCUGUUCACGCGAAGAUAUUGGACCGGCGUUUGAGGCGAUUGACGUGUCAAAGACGGGGUGUCACAAAGUGGCGGCCAGAAUGAAGGUGCAAGCCAAACAUGAUCAUCUGCCACCACCUGUCAAGCGGCUGCCACAACAUCGCUUUGACAUGGGGGAUGGCACAUCUCGCUAUGACUGA